AUGCCUCCUCGUAUCCCAACCAGGGUGUUCACAUCCCUACCCUUCGGCCCAAACUCAGUGGCCAGCUCGUCCACCCUUCCUCCACCUCCCCGUCCGUCUUCCCCCGAAAUCUCUAAACGAUCGAUACAUACCAGCGGUAGACCCGGUCCACCAACCUACCCACUAGAAAGAUGUCCUCGCAGACUAUCAGAUCCUAGAUCGCAGCGAUCGGUAAGCUCACAACACCUCCGCUCAUUUCACGCCUCGGCGCCAUCGAGAGCUUCUGCCAAAGACCCAUACCAGGUACUAGGCGUCAAGAAGGAUGCAACUGCCAGUGACAUCAAGAAGGAGUACUACCAGCUGGCCAAGAAGUGGCAUCCCGACUCCAACAAGGAGAAGGGGGCAAAUGAGCGGUUCAUGGAGAUUCAAGCUGCUUACGAUAUACUAUCGGACGAUAAGAAGAGGCAAGCAUACGACCAGUACGGCUCGGCAUCCCAGCAAGAAGGCUUCGAUCCCAACUUCGCUCGCGGCGCAGGCGGGUUUGGCGGGUUCCAGGGCUUCGGCGGUGGAUUCGGCGGGCAGGCAGGGAACGCUGGAGACCUCUUCGAACAGCUGUUCGGCGGUGCUUUCGGCGGCGGAGGCGGAGGUAGUCCCUUCGGUCCAGGCGGCGGACAGCGGCAACGCCCGUCAAAGGGCGACGAUCUCGAAACGGUCAUCUCCCUCUCUUUCCUCGAAGCGUGUAACGGUAUCUCGCGCAAGAUCAACAUCACUCCCGUCGUCGACUGCAAGCCAUGUACCGGCUCCGGUCUCAAGCCCGGGGAGAAGAAGACAACCUGUGCGACAUGUCGGGGAACGGGACAGCAGGCGUUCCAGGUCCAAGGGAUGUUCAUGGCGUCGACGUGCCAAACAUGUGGUGGAGCAGGGAGCAGUAUACCCCGGGGAGCGAGGUGUGGGGAGUGUGAGGGUGUCGGGCGGGUCAAGGAGCGGAAGGAGGUCGAGGUGGAUAUACCCGCAGGAGUGGAGGAUGGGAUGAAGGUCAAGAUGCCGGGUAUGGGGGAUAUGCCGCUCGGAUCGACUGGACCACCAGGCGAUCUCUUCAUCCGAGUCAAUGUCAAGCCGUCGGCGGUGUUCAGGCGACAAGGGACUAACCUGUACCAUGACGCCAAGGUGCCGCUGCACACUGCACUGCUGGGUGGGCGGGUGCGGAUCCCCACGCUGGAGGGAGAUGUCGAAGUGCGAGUACGGGAAGGUACGCAGAACGGAGAGGAGGCGGUAUUGAAGGGCAGGGGAGUGAAGAGUGUGUAUCCCCAACGAGGGAGGGAUGCGAGGGGUGAUCUGAUUGUUGGCUGGAGGAUACAGAUCCCAAGAUCCCUCUCUGGACUCCAAAAGAAGAUCAUGCAAGCCUACGCAGACGACGUUGAGGGCCGCAACCCCGAGAUCCACUUCGGAUCGCUCCCCUCAUCCCCCUCAUCACCUAUCGACUCGUCAUCACCUUCUCCGUCCCAGUCAACACCACCUUCCCGCUCUACCGGUUCUUCAGCGUCCUCGUUCAAGGAAGACCAAGGUAAAUCCUCCUCCUCCUCAUCCUCAUCAUCGGCUCCAUUCGUCGAGACCGAGACCCGCUCCUCCCCUUCCUCGCGCGCGGCCGAGCCGAGCGUGUUGGAGAACAUCGCUUCGGCAGUCGGUGGUGCGCUGGGCUGGGCCGAGUCGUUCUUUGGCAGCGGCAAGGGGAAGGGGAGGAAGUAG